AUGCUGGAUACGCGACCACUGAUAACACCUCGGCGAUACCUGUGCUUCUGCAACUACGCCGUCUUCUCGACGCUGCUCAUCGUGCUCACCAUCGUGGCCAUGGGCGUGCUUAGUUACCUGGUCGUGCCAAAACGCCCCAAGCCCGUCUACAUCGUCGUCAACUUCACCGACGAAGAUUUCGAGAACGCGUCGGCACCGUCCUCUUCAUCGGUGGGACCCGAGGUGGUCGACGCGGCAGAGGCAGAUCGCGAUCUCUGUUCAUCGCGGCAGUGUGACCGCGAAGCCGAACGCAUCUUGGAUGCCAUUAACGUCUCGGUGGGCCCGUGCGACGACUUUUACGCCUACGUUUGCUCGACCUGGAUGCGGAAGCACGAGCCCGGCAGCGACCGGGACAGGACGUCCAUGGACUACGAAAUAUUGGACACCUACUCGCGCUUUCUUGUCAGCGUACUCGGCUGGAAGAACAGUGCACUGCCGGCUGCCAAGACAUUGUUCGACGCGUGCAUCGAGCCGCCGGUCGGUCUCUUCGGAGAGCUCAUCACCAUGCUCUUCUACAUGGUUGGACUGCAGCGUUGGCCCUACUCGGCGUCGGACCGCGUGUUAUCGAACGACAUCUCCACCAGCGUUGGCAGCCUGUACCGGGUGCUCGGAGAGGACAGUCUGUUCCAUCUGGCCGUCGUCGAGCGGCCCGACUCGACGACGCAUCCGACCAUUUCCAUCGCCGAGCCCAGGCUACUUGUCGGUCGCGCCGAGGGUGGUCUGCCGUUGGCCGAUUUCGUUUUUCUGUCGAAGGCGCACGGGAUACUGAUGGACCAUCUCCAUAAGCCCAUGACCACCAAUGUGGCCGCUGUCGAGAUGGACCUGGCGAGACGCGCCGCGGCCAAGCGAGCUGCCGACUGCACCGACCCGCUGAGUGAGUGCAUGACGACGCACAUAGACCACCUGCCCGCAUCCAGAGUGCUGCACUGGUCUUUGCUCGCCCAAGAAGCCUUCGGCGAAAAGAUGGUAGCGCUCAACCAGCUGGUCGAGACGCCCAACUUUGAGUACCUGGUCAGCUUCAGCGACAAAGUGGACCAGCCGCUGAAGAAGGUCGACCUGCUCAACUAUAUGGCCUUCCGCAUCUGCAUGACGCUGUCGCCGCUCAUUGAGAACGCCGCGGUGCGACACCAUCUGGCCUCCAUUGCGUACGGUCGCAACCCUCGCUUCGCGGAACCCCUGCCAGCGGCUCGCUACUGCCUGCGGCUCCUGGACCGCUUCGAGCCGGCGCUCGUAACGCUUCUCGCAUACGACCGCUCCGUGAUCAAGCUGAGCUGGAAGGUGCUCCAGUUUCUCGUCCUGGACCAUCUCAACUCCACAUUGUUCACGUUCCUGGGUCAGGACUUCAGCCGGCGGUUCUCUCCGGAGUUUGCAGAUCACGUCGCGCGCCGGCUCGCCGCCGUCAAGUGGGAGCCGUUGAUGCCCCUGCGCUUCUUCAACAAGACCUUCCGGGACAAGUACUUCGCCGGAUUCACGAGAGAAAACUCGAGCAAGUCGCUGUCUUCUUUCGUGCUCUUCUGGCUGCAGCGAGCCGUGAAGCGCCGGCGCGGCCCCGUCGAGACAGACGACAGCGAGGACCUCAGGACCGGUUGGGAGCACGGCUUUCUUCGCACGUGGCCCGCACUCGGCUCGCCCUUCAGACACCUCGAGAUACCACUGCCGGUCUUCGACCCAGCCAUGUCGAGCGACCCGAAGCUGCACGCUUUUCACGUAGCGAGGGCUGGCGCCCGCAUCUACCGAGUCAUCUUGGGCUACGUGUAUUCGCUGGCGUACGGUUUCUUCUACAACACCAGCACGUCCGACCCAGCGUCCGUGUUCGAAAACCUCCGCAGCUGUCUGCAGCAGAGCUACACCGAGAUGACGGCGUCGGCCGCUGGCUAUGGCGCCGUUCCAUUCGUCGAAUACGAGAAGACGUCGGCGUCGGACAUGCUGGACCUUCUGGCGGCCAAGCUGGCCUUCACGGCCUUCGAACAGUGGACGCGAAAGGAAGGCCUCAACUUUUACUUCGCCAAAGCCCGCCAAUUUGACCAGAAGCAGUUGUUCUUUAUCUACUACGGGCUCGGCUUUUGCGAGAACGUCAACCCGGCAGCGACGCGGGGAGAAGGCGACGCGCACAGCGCUGCCUGGAACCGGGUCAACGGUCCUCUGCGGCACACGAAGGAAUUCGCGGACGCAUUUCAUUGCGCCGAGGGCUCAUUCAUGAAUCCCCCGAAGAAAUGUAGUGUAUAA